CGCACGCGUUUACGCGUAUACAUAGUUCUUCUUUUUUCAUAUAAACUCUAUUCUACGUUCUCCCUCAGAUUCCCUCCUUUUUUCCAUUGAGGAUGCAACCCCGCCCAGACACAAACAAAACUCCAUACAUCCCAUGCUCCCUUCAGCUAAUUUCAAGACCCAAUUUUCUGGUUUGACUUGUCAGCUGUUUGCUGUUGUUUUCUUGUUUCUGCCCUUUUCUCUCAGAUUUCUCCAAAAACGGGGCUUUCUUGGCGCCCUUUCUGUCAUUCUUGAAUUAUGCCUGCACUUGUCGUGUGUGUAAAAUAAUCUGAAUCACAGAGAUACAGAGCGAAAACAAACAAAGGGUUGUGGUUUUAGGUUGUAUGAAAAAGCCGCCUCUUUUAUUUAUUGGGAUGUAAAGAAUGGAGGGUGUAAGUAAUGGGGUGAUGAUGGGUACGGGCGGAGUGGAGAGCCCUGGUUCGGGUUCGGGUGGGUUUGAAGCCCGGCCCAUGAAAUUCCAGAAUAACCAGCAGAUUAAUUCGGACUGGAGUGAUGAAGAGCAGGCUAUACUGGAACAGUGUCUUGCCAAGUAUGCAGCAUAUAAUUCGACAAACAUAGCUCGCUAUGCAAAAAUUUCGUUGCAGCUGAAUAACAAGACAGUCCGUGAUGUGGCAUUGCGUUGUAGAUGGAUGGCUAAAAGAGAGAGCGAGAAAAAAAUGGAAAAGGAUUCGAUUCCAAUUAGGAAGAUGACCGCUGAUAAAAAGGCUAAGUUGAUUUACUCCCCCGGAUGGACAGCAAGCAAUAACAACGGAAAUCCAGCCUUGUUCAAUGCAACUGUACAGCUUCUUCAGCAUAACUCCAGGGUCUUUGAUCAGAUCUCCACAAAUCUCACUUCAAAUCAGAUACAGGACAACAUUAUUCUCUUGCGUCAUGCACGCGAAAAUCUCUUCAGUGUAUUAACCAAGUAAAUAUGGAUAAUAUAGCUCCCCCAAAUCCCAUACAUACUACAGCAUGCCCUUUUCUUUGUUCCUUCCAUUAUUUGGCUACUAAAGUUGGAAGCUUGCCACCUCAUAGAAUCAGAAUUUAUUCUAUUACUCCCUCCUGUCCCAAAUUAAGGUUCAUUUUUUCUUUAAUGGAAAGAGUUGUGUGGUUUUUAUUAUUUCACUUACCUUUGAAUAAAUCUCAACCACAUAAUUAGAAUUUCAAAUCAAAAACCGUAUUUUGGGAUGAAUGGAGUAUUCUUUUUACUGUGGAUUUGAAAAUCUGAUGUGCAUGCAGCCUUAAUGAGCAACAAAGUUUCAUAUCUCGGAUGCCACCACUCCCGGUUGAGUUGAACGAGGAACUGGCUAAUUCCAUCCUUGCCCCUGCUCCCACUUGCUUCAUGUGGAAGUGAUUGCUCCUUGUUCAUCAAAGUGAUUGACUUGUUGGUUUGGGGAGAAAAAACACCACCAAUUGGAGUAGCUUUGUGUAGGAUAUAUACUUUUACCAUGAUAAUUUACAUAUAAAUGCUCUUUGGGUUCAUAUUAGAAUGAGUCAAGCAGCUCAGUUUACAAGUAUGUAUAGCAGUAAUAAACUUAUCCAGAACCCUCCUCAGAUAGAGGUAAUCAUCUAGUCUAUUGUUUGAGAAGAAAAAUGUACAUGUAGGAGCAAGAAAUAUACACAAUUCACUCAUGUUCCAAUGACAUGUACAUUCAUUCUUGCAAUUAAUAUUAAUUUUGUGACAAAAAUUAUGAUGGCG